AUAAUAUAUAAGUACGCCAGCAGUGUAAGUCGCGUGUGCGCGCGCGUUUUUUUUAUUUAUUCCUUCGUACCUAUAGUCAUUCCGCCCGCCCAGUGGGUCCGAGUGCGAUGCGCUUCGUCCGGUCUCUUCGGUCUCGGAACUGAACGCGAUCGGUGUUCGCGCGCGCGCUCAUCACGUCUCAUGUCGAUGGUUAAACCGUUAAAAUUGUAAUUAUUGCGCGCACAACAAACGCGUAUCAAACGACAUAUUAUUAUAGUAGGAGGUAGUCACUAAUACAAUAUUCGCUUGAAAAUCGAGUCCGAUACAACAAUAUUAUAACGUUAUCGCGCGUUGUCGAUAUCACACUGUUAUUAAAUAUUAUUAUAGUAUAGUGCUGUGCCCCUCAUGGACCGGCGGAUCCGCUGAUCGACGCAACCGCCACCGCCGCCACCGUCGACCACCUGUGGCGCGCGCGCGAUCUUCUCCAGGUCACCGUCGGGUCCAGCUCGUCCGCGGAUUCGGUGCGUGCAGCUGCUGUUGUUGCAGGGCCGCCGCGCAGUGCUGCUGCCGCUGCCGCUGCUCACCGCUCGUCAUCCGUCGUCUCCGUGUUCAUAUGAUAAUAUCGUAUAUACUCACUUUAUAACUGGCGACCGUCGUCGUUCACGAUGAGAGCUACCGUUUCACUAUGGUUCCUGGUGUUCGCCGGGUUCGCGUGUAAUUACAUGAUACGUAUCAAUCUCAACAUCGCCAUAGUGGACAUGACCACGGCGAAAAGUGGAGGUCGAAGUAUACUGAUGUGUGGCAAUUCGACGGACAGUUUAAAUUUGACCGUUGGAAGAGAUGUCGUUGUCAAAAAAACAGAUUUCGAGUGGAAAGACAGUGAACGGGCCAGCGUACUUGGAUCGUUUUAUUGGUUGCACUGGGCAUUACAGUUACCAGGAGGGUUGCUCGCGCGACAAUUCGGUGCUAAGUGCAUAUUUGGCCUUAGCAAUUUGUUCAUGUUCGUCAUGUCCAUGUUAAUGCCGGUCCUCGCCCGGUGGGACAUAAAAGGACUCAUCAUAGCCCGAGUGUUACAAGGGUUCGUCGGGGGUAUGGCGUGGCCGUCGGUACAUCAUCUAACCGCACAUUGGGUACCACCGAACAAGAGGAGCAAAUUCAUUACAGCAUAUUUAGGCAGUUCGAUCGGCGUGGCUAUUACGUUCCCGCUCUGCGGAUUCAUACUUGAGAGAUGGGGCUGGCCAUACGUGUUCUACGUCACGGGGGCUAUUGGAAUGGUGUGGUUUUUGGCAUGGUGGUUGUUCGUGUACGAUACGCCCUCACAACACCCUUACAUUUCCGAAGUUGAGCUUGUGCACAUCACUAGUAGCCUCACCGAUGUAGUGUCCUCUACAAAGUUACCAAUACCGUGGAAAGCCGUGUUGACGUGCGUACCGUUUUGGAUAGCACUGUCCAUCCAAUGGAGUACCGGGUGGGCUUUGCACACGCUCAUGACGCAGACUCCUACCUAUCUGGUGCUAAUGUUCGGGUGGAAUCCGGAAAAGAUCGGCCUCUGGUCCGGAAUACCACAUUUCACCCGUUUCGUGUUCUCGCUGGUCCUGUCGUUCGCCAUCGACACGCUCAUGGCCACCGGAAAGUACAGCCGCACUUGCGUGCGUAAGAUAUCCACCACCAUUUGUACGGUGGUGCAAGCUCUUCUCAUCGUGGCCCUAGUGUAUUCGGGUUGCGACCCGUUUUUGGUCAACGGAUUCCUACUGCUGGCAAUGACGGCCAGUGGUGCUUCCACGUCCGGACCGCUGUCCAUAAUGGUCGACCUGUCGCCGAAUUUCGCCAGCGUGCUCCAAGGAUUUAGCGGCAUUACCGGAGUUAUCCCGGGAAUGAUUUCGCCGUUCGUGCUGUCUUAUUUCACGAACGACAACAACACACUCGAAUCGUGGCAACACUUUUUCGCCUUAAGCGGCGUGAUAAUAGCCAUUCCGGGACUGAUGUACUAUUUCUUCGGCUCUAGCGAACUCCAGCCGUGGAAUAAUCCUAUUCCGGCAGUUGAUCCGGAAACGGCUGCCACCAACGGCAACUCUACUGCCAAAAAAUGAUUUUUUUUUUAACGCGUACCUCUAUAUAAUAUAAUAUGUGAUCAACAAUCAACCAAAUGACCAGUUAUGUAUUUUUUUUUUUACAAUAUUAUUAUACUUUGUGUAACACACCAGCAUUCGUAUAGAAUGCUAAAUAUUGUUAUGGAUUUGAAAUCGGGGUGAAUAUACAUUACUAUACAGAGUAAACAUAGACGUAUCUAUAGAACAAAAAUAAUAUUUCAGGUAUUUGUGCAUUUGUACCUGUAUGUUUAGCAUGACUGUAGAUAUUACAUAAUAAUAUCUAUAAUGUGUUCAUAAAUAAUAUUAUUGUAUUGUUAUCUAUAAUAGUGGUAUUUAGUUAUCACAAUCGCAUUUACAUAUUUUAUUGAUGAUUAUCAUGAACGGAAGAAAAUUACGUAGGUAGGUACACUAUCUUCUCUAUUAUUCAUCUGUUUAAGGACAUUAUCUGGGACACUAUAGGCACCUACAUAAUUUUAUUACAGUAUUACAUAGUCAUCAAUGCUCAAAUUGUGGUGGCUUAUUUUAAUAAAAAAUAUUUUUCCCUAGUUAUACUCCUAUAGUUUUUCAAUAAUAUUAUAAUACACAACUCAAACGAUAGUCAUUAUUACUGGCAUCAGGUGUUUAGAAAUACCAAUUUUUAAUUUAUAUUCAAUAUGUCCCUUGACUUAAUGGCUGUAUCUACUUAUUUAACCACUGUAUUAAUCAUAUGAUUAUAGUCAUAUGACUAUGAAAUAGAUUUAUAGAUCUAUAAUAUAUAAAUGUAGACCAAACUUUGGUCAGAUACCAAAAAAGUACCUACCUACCUAUAGUAAAUACCUUUGUUUAUAUAAUAUUUUGGUUGAAGAAAAGACACGUAGGUACAAAAUAAAAUAUGUGUUUCUUGUAAGUACAAUAAUAUAUAUUGUAUGGCAUUGUAUAAAAUAUGCAAUAAACUGCAAAUUGGAAUAUUUUUUAUGAAUUAUAAUUUUUAUAUAUUAUAAUUGGUAUAUGGUGUAUAUAACAAUUUAAUGUGAUUUACAAUAUUUUUAAAUUAUAAUAAAUAAAAUAUUUUAUUAAA